AUGUUGACGGGGAGUCCCCAAUCUUCACACAUGCGCCGCUCAGUCUGGGAAUUCAUGAAGGGACUUCGCUACCACAUGAGAGGCUGGGCCUCAUAUAGAAUAUAUUACCUCCAACAGGAGAACCUUGCUGCCGUCGCUCUCGCCGUGGUGGUGGGUUUUGCCAUGUUCCAAUUCAUCCGUGCCCAUGUCCCCGCGAACUCGGACCGCAGGCUUCUGGGCUCCUCGAACCGCAUUGCGGCAGUGCAAAAUGACGAAGGAUGGCGCUUUGGGAAAGUUAAAUUGCGCGGCACCGUAGCCGCAUUGGCUGAGCUGAGGUUCCCCAACGUCCCCGAGAGAGGCCGGAAGAACACGCGGGACUGGCGGCGGUUGGAAGUGCGCCUUUACCUUUACUCGAAGAACAUUGGAUGCGCAAGGACACCAUCAUGCUCGUUGCUAGGAAAGGAGACCUUUGGAACCUAAAACAUUCAACCCGGACUGCGGGCGAUUCCUCGUGCUAGCGUUGAUCUUCGCAAGCGUAAAUGAACGUCGUCCUGAAAGCCCCACGAGUCACGGUCAGUCUCACAAGUCCAACUUCAAACGCCUCGCUUCAACGCAAGGCUGAAGCGUGGACAGCAGAUUAUCCGAGUGAAGUGCGCGUCCUCAGGAGGGGGUUCUGG